UACAAUUUCUACCACAAUAGGAUUUUUACUGAUCAGGAAAAUUGAAGCAAAAGAGAUUCAAAGAACAAUUAAAGCAGAAGUAUAAUUCAAGAAUAUUGCAAUUCAUUCAUCAAUAGAUUUGUCAUGCUAAUAAUCUCCUUAGCGUAAACAUUUUCUUCUGUUCUCUAUGUACAGACAGAGAAAUUUUUUUAAGGAAAAACAAGAAACAAGGUGCAGAACAGUGUAAGAAAGUCACAGAGACAAUGUGUUGCUGUGUUGCCGAGGCUGAUCUGGAACUCCUGGCCUCAAGUGAUCCUCCUGCCUCAGCCUCCCAAAGUGCUGGGAUUAUAGGCAUGAGCCACCACUGCACCCAACCUGGGGACUAGGAUCUUUUAAUCUAUACAGUUUGGUGUUUUUAUUUUUGAACCAUGUAACCUUUCUCCAGAAAGCACUACUGCUAGCUGGGUUCCUGAUGUCUGGGUCAAUCAUCAUCUGGGGCAUCUCCGCUGGAAAAUAAAGUUAUACAUGAAGGAUCCUACCCUUCAAUAGAUGGAUUGAUUACAAACCAAUGACUUCUUCAGCCUUCUCCUACUCUGCACUCAGACUAAUGCCAGGAGUCAGGUAGGAUGGGGUCUAAAAGAAGAAAACUGACACUUUAUGCAAAAAAAAAAACCUAUUAGCAAAAAAGUGAAGACAUGGUAAUAAUAGGUAAGUGUACUAAGUCUUUUCAAAGGUGGGAGACGAAUGAUGUAACCCCUCCAUAUUCACCACUUGCCUUCCAGCCCCAUAUUGUUCUUGUAGUAACAUAUCUUGGAGCAUUGUUGAGAUAAUUCUUUUGCUUGAAGUGUGCCUGCUGAAGCCUAAGACAGUGAUCACAUUGUACAAGACAUUCUUUCUACGGGGAGGGAAAGGUGGGCCUGAUGGCUGACUUGCUCAUGACCACAUGAAGGGGCAGCUUGAUCCAGCCUCCUUGGGAUCAGAAAGCCUCCUGUUCCCAAGGUAAAACAACAGCAUCUGAGGAAAUAUAUCAGUGAGGAAAGCCUAAGAGAAAAAGCAGAUAAUCCAAGUUUUCUUUGUUCUCCCAAGUGCUUUGCACAUCCUCUGUAACUCCAAGGAUGCCAGGCUAUUGUCUGCCUCAUGGUACAUGGUACAGGGUGUGGGAAGGACUCCAGGAUGGAGCAGGACAUUGAAUCAUAAAAAGGAAAAGAAAAAUUUUUCAGGAUUAUCCCCACCCUCCUGGAGACAUCAGGGGUGUUCAGGAGUUGGUAGGAGAAAUUCCUUCCAUAUUUAGUGUUGGGACUCAUCUUUCUGUCACUUAAGAUAUAGUUUAGAUUCAGUUCAAUUGAGUGUUUUCACAGAGAGCAACAGAGUGCCAGAAAGAGUCUCCUUUGAAGUGACCAGUCCCAUCUCGUUGCACUCCACCUUCUUGUUCUGUGUCUUCUCUCCUAUCAAAGGCAUACUCCUUUUCUAGUAUUACUUUAGGCAUCACCUUUCUCCAGAAUACUACCUGUCUCUCUGAGUCUCAGUUUGGUUCCCUUUCUAUGGCCACCAAGGUAACUUAUUCUUACCUGCAGCAUUCCAUCUGUCACACAUCUUAAAUUUUUCUGUCAUUCUUAUUAGGUAGUGAGCUACAUGAGAGUAGUGACAAAGUCUUCCUUUUAUCUAAAUAACCAAGUACAGCAGCAUCUGGUAUAUAAUAAACACAGAGAAAAAGUUGAAUGACUUUGCUGACAAUAAGGCAAUUUCUAUAGAAGUUGGAGAGAGAGACUCUGAGUGACUCCUUAGGGAGAAAGACCACAGAAUUGCUUUAUCCUCAACAAAAGGCACAAAAAUUUUCCUAUUUACACCGGUGGGACCCACAGGUAAGAAAUUGUAAGUAAAGAGCCUAAUGCUUCCUGGGAACAAAGACCGUUGGGAUGUGACAGAGAACAAUAGGGCUGACAGAGAACCAAGGGUCUUAAGAUCAAUUCUUCUGCAUUGCAUGGCUGAAGGGAAGCAGUAUUUUUCCUGAUAACUGAGGCAUUUUUAAAAGAAGGUUUCCAAAUGUCAUUGAUUUGAUUUUUCUAACUGAUGGUGACCCUCAGAACUGAAAGGACUUGAGUAAAAGAAUAGGAAGUUAAUUUUUUAUUUCAUUAAUAAUUACAACCAGAAACUAAUACUUUUGUCUCUGACAAAUAAUCUAAUGGAGCCCAAGUUUGUGAAAUGGCCUUGGAUUUGUAAUUCAAUAAGGUAAAUAUCAUGGACUGAAAAAGCUUAAGGAACUCAUCUUAUUCCCCAAAAUACUUAUCUUGAAGUUGACACAAAAUAAGUAGGUGUGGAUAACUGACAGACUGAUUGAUUGAAUGAAUUAAUGUAGUUUAUAUCUAUUCUCCCUUUUUCACAUGGCAUAACUUGCUUUAGAAAGCACUUUGUAUGGCAAUUGAGUUCAGUUAGGCCUUUGGGUUAUUGGGAAAAUUCUCCAUGAAAAGGGUAAUUUCAUAUAAUAGACACACUAAUGGCCUGGAUUCUUAUGACUCUUCGUACAGCUGGAUAGUUAAUGUACAAACAAGGGCUAGAUUCACUGAUAGUCUCCCAAGGGUAGUAGCAAGCCAAGACCAGACUCUGGUGUCCUAACUUAUAGCCAAGGGCUUUCUCUGCCACCUUAUCUGUCAGUUAAGUGCUGGAAACUCUUUUAAGUCUUUCGCACUAUUAUAUCAUUAGCUCCUUAAAGCAUUUACAAUCGAGGAGCACAGAGUUAAGUAACCUUGCCACGGCUAUUCAGCCAGUAAGUGGAGACGCAGGAAUUCAAAGCUAGGCAGUUUGGCUCAAGUUCUGAUCCUGGUUGAAUGGUAAUCAUAUUCUUCACAAAAUCAUUGUUCUGGUAUUUUUGCCUACCUCAGAUGCUCAGUGAUAUUGUUAUUAUAAUAAUGAGCUAUCUUAAUUUAGAUCUGAGAACAGGAGAUAUGAAGAUGGAGACUCCCGACAUUUUCAUACCUAAGUUUCAGCUACCCUUUAUAGAAAAUCUUCUCAAGCUCUAAAAUACAUUCGAUGAUAACUUCAGGUGCUUCAAAUCUUAACAGGAUCUGUGAUUGGAGAAAGUGGGGAUAUGUGUGCCAUACCAUGAUAAAAUAAGUCUCAGAAGUGUUAAGAAGAGGACCUGCUGUCACCAGGAUCAUGUUUCUAUUGCUGCACAGGUGGAAAAGAUAAUGGCUCCUGAUGGGAACCAGAGUAGCGCUACAGAGUUCGUCCUGGCAGGGUUCCCAAAUCUCAACAGCACGAGAAUGGAACUGUUUUCUGUGUUCCUCCUUGUCUAUCUGCUGACUCUGACAGGCAAUGUGUUGAUCGUGGGGGUGGUAAGAGCUGAUACUCGCCUACAGACCCCCAUGUACUUCUUUCUGGGUAACCUGUCCUGCCUAGAGAUUCUGCUCACUUCUGUCAUCAUUCCUAAGAUGCUGAGCAAUUUCCUCUCAAGGCAACACACUAUUUCCUUUGCUGCAUGUAUUACCCAAUUCUAUUUCUACUUCUUUCUUGGGGCCUCUGAGUUCCUACUGUUGGCUGUCAUGUCUGUGGAUCGCUACCUGGCCAUCUGUCAUCCUCUGCGCUACCCCUUGCUUAUGAGUGGGGCUGUGUGCUUUCGCGUGGCCUUGGCCUGCUGGGUGGGGGGACUGCUCCCUGUGCUUGGUCCCACAGUGGCUGUGGCCUUGCUUCCUUUCUGUAAGCAGGGUGCUGUGGUACAGCACUUCUUCUGUGACAGUGGCCCACUGCUCCGCCUGGCAUGCACCAACACCAAGAAGCUGGAGGAGACUGACUUUGUCCUGGCCUCCCUUGUCAUUGUAUCCUCACUGAUGAUUACUGCUGCAUCCUACGGCCACAUAGUCCUGGCUGUCCUGCGCAUCCCCUCUGCUUCGGGCCGUCAGAAGGCCUUCUCUACCUGUACCUCCCACCUGAUGGUGGUGACCCUCUUCUAUGGAAGUGCCAUUUUUCUCUAUGUGCGGCCAUCACAGAGUGGCUCAGUGGAUACUAACUGGGCAGUGACAGUGGUAACCACAUUUGUGACGCCACUGCUGAAUCCAUUCAUCUAUGCCUUGCGUAAUGAGCGAGUCAAGGAUGCUUUGAAGGACAUGUUUAGGAAAGUGGUAGGAGACAUUUUAGGGAAUCUUUUCCUUGAUAAGAGACUCAAUAAGAAAACGGUAAGGUAAAAGUGAAGAAACUCAGCAGCUUGUUUUAUAUCCAAACAUUCUCCAUUGUUACUCUCCUUCCCAUCAUCAUCAUGGACAUCACCAAAGAACUGUAUUCUGGAACCAUUAAUAAACUCCAAAGUCAUCAAACCUACCCUUCUUCUCUUUCAGGCAAAUCCUUGACUCCAUAUCAUACCUAAUAAUAAUCCAUAUUAUUAAUAUUAUUGAUACAUCAUGAUCAGUAUCAUCAUCACUUCAUAAGACCUUCCAAUCUGUGAGAUCCUAACCUUAGGGUCCAUGGUCACCUGGGAAAUCUUAGGAUGGGUUUCAGAAAAUUUAUAAGCCCCAUAGGUAUCUAAAUUUUAUGUGUUUGAACAUAUAUGCAUUUUGUCUGGAAGGAGGACCCACAGCUUUAAUACAAUAUUUGAAUCUGUGUGUGCACUCUCCUCGAAAGUUAAAACUGAUUAAGC